GAAAAACAUUGCCCCUUCAAUUUAAUUUCCAUCUUCUCCCUCUUCCUCCUCUCUCUCUCUCUUGCAGAUGUCUUCUUCAGCUAACUCUACAGAUUCUUCUAUAAAUUCCAGCCUCAACUUCUCUUCCCCUUCACAGUUGAUGGCCUCUUCUCAGUUUUUGAACACUAUGGACAAUUUUAACCAAGAUAGAACUUUGAUGAACUGGGGAGUUGGAGGAGGAUUUUCUAACUUUUCAACUGCAACUUCUUCUUCUUUAUCCUCUUCAUUACCCAUCUCCCCACCUCCUGUUUCUCCUUCUUCUUAUUUGUCCAUCCCUCCUUCUGGGUUAAGCCCAACUGACCUCCUGGACUCUCCUGUACUUUUCUCCACUAUUCUUUCUUCACCAACAACUGAAUCUUUUGGUGUUCAAACCUUCAACUGGAACAAUAGCCAGCAGCAGAGUAACAGGGCAGAGGGGAAUAAUAACUUCUUUGAUUUCUCUUUUCAAAGCCAAACGAUGCCGCCUUCUUCUGCAUCUUCAGCCAUCUUUCAGUCUUCCUCAAGCAUUGUUUCGGUGAGCUUGGUGGACUCAGUUAAAAGGCAACAUGAAUCAUGGAACUUCAAUAAGCCCACAAAGCAGUCUGAUUUCUUAGUAGAAAACAGAGGACUCAAGUCAGAAUUUGCACCAAUUCAAAGCUUCUCCUCAGAAAUGGCCUCGUAUCAAGCAAAUGUUCAAAGUAGUGCUGCUGCUGGUGGUUACAGUCAUUACCCUCAAACAAGUCAGUAUACCAGAGAGCAAAAAAGAUCAGAAGAUGGGUACAAUUGGAGAAAAUAUGGACAAAAACAAGUCAAAGGAAGUGAAAAUCCUCGGAGUUACUACAAAUGCACAUUCCCGGAUUGCCCAACAAAGAAAAAAGUUGAGAGAUCAUUGGAUGGACAGAUUACUGAAAUAGUAUAUAAAGGAAGUCACAAUCAUCCCAGGCCUCAGUCUACUAGAAGAUCAUCCUCUCAGUCAAUGCAACCCUCAACAUGUGCCAACUCUGAAAUAUCUGAUCAAUCAGUUGGCGGGAUGGGCAAUACGCAGACUGAGUCUUUCUCUAUGCAGGGUGAUUCUUCAGCCUCAUUUGGAGAGGAUGAUUUUGAGCAAGGAUCACCUACAAGUAACCCUGAAAGAGAUGCUGACGAAAAUGAACCCGACACCAAAAGAUGGAAAGGAGACAGUGAAAUUGAGGGUGCCGUUGGUACUGGAAGCAGAACUGUGAGGGAGCCAAGAAUUGUAGUUCAAACAACAAGUGAUAUUGACAUUCUUGAUGAUGGAUAUAGGUGGAGAAAAUAUGGACAGAAAGUAGUAAAGGGCAAUCCCAAUCCAAGGAGCUACUAUAAGUGUACAACUACCGGCUGUCCGGUAAGGAAACACGUGGAAAGAGCAUCCCAUGAUACAAGGGCUGUGAUCACCACCUAUGAAGGGAAACACAACCAUGAUGUUCCAGCUGCUCGUGGCAGUGGUUAUUCGCUGCCUAGACCUUCGUCUAAUAACACAAGCAGUAAUGUGGCAAUGCCUAUAAGGCCAUCGGUGACCGCUGUAGCCAAUCAUGCUAACCAAUCAAGUUACUCUAACUCCUUUCACAACACUAGGUUGCCAACAUCAGGUAGUCAAACACAGUUCACCCCAGCAAUGCUGCAGAACUCAGGGAGUUUUGGGUUUUCCGGAUUUGGUAAAUCAGCCGGCUCCUACUUGAAUCAGACACAACAUUCAGGUGCUGUGUUUCCCAGAGCCAAAGAAGAACCCCGGGAAGACUCAUUCCUAGAUUCAUUCCUAAAUUAAAACAGCUAACUUCAUAAGUGCACUUUAGCAUUAAAUUUUAUCAAUCAUGUAAGAAUUUUUUUAUUUAUAUGAGGGUAGUGACCCUGUAAAUUCUGGAACUGAUAGGUUGAGUUGUAUUUGUUCAUUUGUUAGAAGCUGCCUAAACUCAACAGUUUAGGCCUCAUUUCACAGUAGAAUCAGACUAUAACAGGAGAAAUUCUGUGUUCUUCA